GAGGAGGCAGAAUCUGCCUGUGCACUCAAGUGCUUGAAUUUUGUUGCGUUGUGUAGCUCCAAGGGAAGACUGGCAAUGAAGAGAAGCUAUGAAGGGAACAUCUGCAUAGAAGGCAGGCAGAAGAUUACAGCAACAAUGUCGAAGCACCAUGAUGCGGGGACUGCUUUCAUCCAGACCCAGCAGCUGCACGCUGCCAUGGCGGACACCUUCCUUGAGCACAUGUGCCGCUUGGACAUUGACUCGGAGCCAACCAUUGCGAGAAACACUGGCAUCAUCUGCACCAUUGGCCCAGCCUCCCGCUCAGUCGAGAAGCUGAAGGAAAUGAUCAAAUCUGGAAUGAACGUUGCCCGCCUCAACUUCUCUCACGGCACCCACGAGUAUCAUGAGGGCACAAUCAAGAACGUGCGAGAAGCUACAGAGAGCUUUGCCUCUGAUCCCAUCACUUACAGACCUGUGGCUAUUGCACUGGAUACCAAGGGACCUGAAAUCAGAACUGGACUCAUUAAGGGAAGUGGCACUGCAGAAGUGGAGCUCAAGAAAGGUGCACCGCUCAAAGUGACCCUGGAUGAUGCCUUCAUGGAGAAGUGCGAUGAGAACGUGUUGUGGGUGGACUACAAGAAUCUCACCAAGGUUGUAGAAGUUGGCAGCAAAAUCUACGUGGAUGAUGGUCUGAUUUCCUUGCUGGUUAAGGAGAAAGGCAAGGACUACGUCAUGACGGAGAUCGAGAACGGUGGCAUGCUCGGCAGCAAGAAGGGAGUGAACCUGCCUGGCGCCGCAGUCGACCUGCCUGCAGUCUCUGAAAAGGACAUUCAGGACCUAAAAUUUGGUGUGGAGCAGAAUGUGGAUAUGGUGUUUGCUUCCUUCAUCCGCAAAGCUUCUGAUGUCCAUGCUGUCAGGAAGGUGCUAGGGGAAAAGGGAAAGAACAUCAAGAUCAUUAGCAAGAUCGAGAAUCAUGAGGGUGUGCGCAGGUUUGAUGAGAUCAUGGAGGCCAGUGAUGGCAUUAUGGUGGCCCGUGGUGACCUGGGAAUUGAGAUCCCUGCUGAAAAAGUCUUCCUUGCCCAGAAGAUGAUGAUUGGGCGCUGCAACAGGGCUGGCAAACCCAUCAUCUGUGCCACUCAGAUGCUGGAAAGCAUGAUCAAGAAACCUCGCCCGACCCGUGCUGAGGGCAGUGAUGUUGCUAAUGCUGUCCUGGAUGGAGCAGACUGCAUCAUGCUCUCCGGAGAGACCGCCAAGGGCGACUACCCGCUCGAGGCUGUGCGCAUGCAGCACGCUAUUGCCCGGGAGGCCGAAGCCGCCAUCUUUCACAGGCAGUUGUUUGAGGAACUGCGUCGUCUGACUUCCCUGAACUGCGAUCCCACGGAGGCGGCCGCUGUUGGCGCUGUGGAAGCAUCCUUCAAGUGCUGCAGUGGGGCCAUUAUCGUCCUCACCAAGUCUGGAAGGUCAGCCCACCUGGUGUCGCGGUACCGCCCGCGGGCUCCCAUCAUCGCCGUGACACGUAAUGACCAGACGGCGCGUCAGGCCCACCUCUACCGGGGCAUCUUCCCCGUCCUGUGCAAAGAGCCAGCGCAUGACGCCUGGGCAGAGGAUGUGGACCUCCGCGUCAACCUGGGCAUGAAUGUUGGUAAAGCACGUGGCUUCUUCAAGAGUGGCGACCUGGUCAUCGUGCUGACGGGCUGGCGCCCUGGCUCUGGCUACACCAACACCAUGCGCGUGGUGCCAGUGCCCUGAAGGCCCCAUUCCACCCAGCACCCCCCUUCCUUCCCUCCCCACCCCACUCCGCUCCCCUUUCCCCUCGCCUUAGACCAGCCAUCGCUUGUGCUGUUCUCCUGGGCCCUAGAGUGGAUGUAGGUUGCUAAACACCACCCAGUGCAGCAGCAGCAGGGGGAAGAGACCUUAAAUCACUAAAAAAAAAAAAAUAUAUACUUGAAGUGUUUAGUUUUUUUAAAAACCUCUCCCCGUAGCGAAGUCCUGCCCCGAUCUAUGUCGGAGUCAGUGUAGGAGGUUCCCACAUGUUGCUGGGACUCCUUGUAGCUUAGUGACUGUCCUCAGGGUGUGAAAUGUCCCUUUCCCUGCCUGCCUGGGGGGGAAAGGGGAGAGGGGAUGGGUGGUCAAGGGUUCUGCUGUACCCCUCCUCACUCCAGGGAAGCUGUUCCUCCCUCCUGUGCACCCCGAACCUCUCCCAGCCUCCCCACAGACCAAAUCCCGGGUGACUCCAGCCCCGCUCUAUGCGGGUUUUGUUUCCAGGGGUGGGGGUAGAAGGGGGGUGGCUCCCCCUCUGUGCUCAGAGCUUCCCGUGCUCCCCUGGCAGCGUUGUCUGUGUGUUAGUUGUGUGUGCACACCCCCUGCCCGCGCCCCCCGGGCGUUAGAGCACAACUCUCCAUCAAUAAAGAGAAGCUGAAGCACC